GUCUGCUUCGUGUGUUGACAUCAUUCCGAACAUCUGAUUUUCCGCAUGCGUUCAAUCAUUCCACGUUGAUCUUCAAUUUAACCCAAACAAAAUGGCUCCACCAAGUCGUCGCGUAGCUUUUUCUGCCAAAGCAAAGAAGAAGCAAUUACAGAACAAACGAGAAGAAAACCGAGAACGUGACAAGGGAGAUGGAGACUUUUUGGAAAAACGUAAAAAGAACUAUGUUGCCCAACACCUGUUGACAAAUGACAGUCAGGUUGCAGCAGGUCCAUCAAUGGAGGCAAUUAAUCUUCAACCCGGAACGGGCAGGAAUGUCAACCGAUUCAAUUUGAAAUUUCACGUAGAAUCCAAGGAAGAAAUUGAAGCGAGGAAAGAAAUUGCCAGACAGGCAAUUGUCCCUGAAGCAGAAUCAGGUCUUGAACUGGGAACAGAUUUCUGCUUCGUUCCAGGGCUUGAAUUCCCCCAGAGACCAAAAUGGGACUAUAAUCUAACACAACAAAAGCUGGACAUGAAAGAAAACAAGUAUUUUCGUGAGUACAUUGAUGAAAUUGAAAAGUCUUUUCCUUUAGCUGAAUUAAGCUACUUUGAAUUGAAUCUGGAAACAUGGAGGCAGUUGUGGCGUGUUUUGGAAAUGACUGACAUAUUGCUUGUUGUCAUUGAUUCCAGAUUUCCAUCUUUGCUGUUUCCUCCAUCUCUGUACAAUUAUGUUUCACAGCACCUAAAAAGAGAUGUCAUCUUGGUUUUCAACAAAAUCGAUUUGGUUCCCGCAUCUGUUUUAGCUGCAUGGAAACACUACUUUCAAACACAGUUUCCCUUACUACGCAUUGUUUUCUUUACGUCUUUGCCUUCUUAUAACUUGAGAGAUGGAGGUAGCAAGUCUGGUAUGAAAACACAGCGCCGUAAAGGAACUAUGAAAAUGGCUGCUGAAGGUGCCCAAAAAUUACUCGAGGUUUGCGAGGAUAUCUGUGGAACUCAAGUUGAUUUGAGCGCUUGGCGGUCUAAAAUCACUGAAGAAAUGGCAUUAAAAGGUGACGAUGAAGAAGUCGAAAUCGGAGAACUUAUUCAGCAGGUAAAGAAACCUGAUGUAGGUUUUCAUCAACAAGAAAGAUUCCAAAGCGGUAUGCUGACUAUUGGAUGUGUUGGACAGCCUAACGUUGGAAAAAGUUCCCUUAUUAAUGCAUUGAUGGGGAAAAAGGUUGUGAGUGUUUCCAGAACUCCAGGUCAUACCAAACAUUUCCAAACCAUCUUCCUGACACCCAAUGUGAAAUUGUGCGAUUGUCCGGGAUUGGUUUUCCCCUCUCAACUUCCACGUACGCUGCAGGUGUUGGUAGGAAGCUAUCCCAUCGCCCACCUACGAGAGCCUUACACAGCUGUUGGUUACGUUGGCAAGUAUUUGAAUUUGCCGGAAUUGCUAAAGAUGGGCCAUCCUAGUGGCGAGAAAGCAACAGAAGGUCAAGAAUGGUCGGCCUACGAUAUCUGCGAAGGAUGGGCUAUCAAACGAGGUUUUAUGACCAAACGGGCUGCCCGACCCGAUGUGGCUCGUUCUGCCAAUCAUCUUCUAAGGCUAAUAUUGGAGGGGAGAAUCACUUUGUACUUGCGGCCACCCAACUAUAAAGCGGAAGAGUCAAAAUGGCAGUCACACCCGGAUGUAGCCGAAAUUACCAACAUUCAAGCACUCGGUCAAAUGAAAGACGAUGGUUGGCUGGAAGCAGCCGCAGAGGUGGUGGAAGAGGAAGAUUCUAAUGAAGAGAGUGAAGAAGAAGAAGAUGAUGAAAGCGAAGAAGAGCAAGUCCCUGCGUCUUCGAAUAAAUUUGCUUUAUUGGAAGAUGAUGAUUAAAAUGUAUCAGAUGUGUGAGAUAUAUAUACCGAAUCACAAAUCAACGUCGUUUAUUUGAAA